UCCUGUGAGAGUGAUUUUGAUUUUUUUUGUUAUUCUUCUAAAAAUAAUUUUUACCUAAACUUCUGUUUUAUGAAAAAAACUUACACGUGACAUGUCAUCAUCAUAUGUGUAGCAAAAGAAAACUUGGAAUUAAAUGAAAUCCUAUUUCACCACCGCAAAACCGGCAACCGAUAAAAAAUCUUAAAGUAAAAGUUAUCUUACUUUUUUCUUCUUGGUUCGUUGUGAAAAGUGAAAGUGACAAAUAAACCGGGGCGAAAUUUGUGGCAGUGAGUGAGAGAGAAAGUGACACAAAUAAAAAGAAAGUAAUGUACUUUUCUACUUUGUCAAUCUUUACGGGAUGUCUGCUUCUCGGGUUUGGAUUUAUACCAUUUCCCAAAGUUAUUCCUCCUCCUAACUGACUCCCAGAAGAGAAAGUAAGUAAGUAAGCAAAGAGCCUCCCGGCGCAGGAAGAAAAGGUGGCCUUGCGGAAAAUGAAGUAAAAGGUGGAGAACGUGAUUGGAAAGCAAGCCAGUUUUUUGAACUAGUUAUAUAAAAACCAAAAGAACUUGGAAUCAAGGGUCAAACGGAGACGGAGAGAAGAAGAACAAGUCAAAGUCGUUUCAUUUUCGUUGUGAAUAAGGAAGUAAAGUAAAGUGUGGUGGAGAAAGUGCCCCGAAUUCUUACCUAAUCCGACCUAAGCUGGCCAAAGCUACUACCACUUCUGCUGGAGGACAGGCUAGAGAGAAAGCGAGAGAUGAUGAUACGUGAUUCUUAUCAUUUCCACAUGAAACCAGACCAGAAGAGAAAGCUAUUCACUUGAGCCCAACCCGUAGCCAGCCGUAGGGGAGAGAAAGCACGAAAAGAGAAUGCAGUCAUGGAACAAAGCGGGGAGAAGUGGACCGAAAAUGACAAAUUUACUGGAGACUCUCCCUUUCAAAACGGCAUUGAACUAAUAUAGAUACCGAACUUUGUCUGUUCUCUCUUUGCGACCAAACCGGAUCAAGAAUUUGUCCCAUCGCCAAUAAAAUAAAAUAAUAAUCCCAAAUGGAACCAAGUGAAUAAAACCUAAAUGAAAGACAAAGAGAAAAUAAAUUGACCGGAAUUAAAUAAUAACUGCGCCUGCAGAGAGAAAGUGGGCAAAAUAAUGGACUUGUUAUUAGUUUGCAAAUGUGAAUAAACAAGUAUUAUUCCUACAAAUAUGGUCUGCAAGGCUGACCACCAUCCACUCUCACUUCCCGCAUUCACCCUCCUCUUGAUUGGUGUGGUGAUGAUACUUUCACUCGGGUCCUGCACCGAUGGGUGUCCUUCGGACUGCAUCUGCAAGUGGAAAGGGGGAAAGCAGUUCGUCGAGUGUGUUUCCAGGAACUUUCGUACGUUUCCACCCAAAAUCGACCCGGGUACUCAGGUGUUGGACAUGAGUGGAAAUUCCUUCGAAACCCUCCCGCCCGACCACUUUAUGCGCAAUGGGCUUAUAAAUUUACAAAAAAUCUUUUUAUCAAAGUGUCGCCUGAGUCAUAUCAAUUCUCGAGCGUUUCGCGGACUCAGCAAUUUGGUCGAGUUGGAUUUAACGGGUAAUCUGUUGAGAGACGUACCCACCUCGGCGUUUCCGGACAUGACGGGAUUGAUGCGGCUCGUGUUGAGUGGAAACCCUAUUGCGAUCCUGGGCAAGAGAGCAUUUCUCAUGUUGGAGUCGUUAACGAGCCUUGAGCUCAGUUCGGCAGGAUUGGAACUGAUUGAACAGGGCGCUUUUGAAGGACUUCAAUCCCUAGAAUGGCUUAAAUUAGAUGGAAACCGGUUAAAAUCCAUCAAAGGUUUGUCCAUUCUUCCCCUCUCACUUAAAGGAUUUUCUCUCGAAGACAACCCUUGGGAGUGUGACUGUCAUCUCCUUGAACUCCGUCUCUGGCUGAGUGACCGCAAUGUGGCAUCCUCCGCCGAACCAAGAUGCAAUGGACCCGAUAGAUUGGAGAAUGUCACGAUUAAAUCCCUACCUCAAGAAGCAUUGGCUUGCCUGCCGCAACUUUCACCGACAACAAUGUUCCAGAAAAUUGGUGAAGGAAAGAACGUGUCCCUACUGUGCAAAGUGGUAUCCGUGCCGGAAUCCAGUUUAGAGUGGCUAUUUAAUGGCUCCCCGCUAACAAACUCGUCCCUUAAUUUGCUAGUUGAGACUACUUCGGCAUACCCUUCCGGCUACUCGUCACCUUUAACGUCGUCCUCAAUCGCGGCCACGACUCCGGUCGAGAAAAAGAGCGAACUUCUCAUCUUAAACGCUACCCUGGAAGAAAACGGAACCUUUCUCUGCCUCGCAAAAAAUCCGGCGGGGUCGGCCUCUGCCAACUUUACGCUUCGCGUCCUUACAAAAUAUGACCCUUCUGACCCCUCAGGUAGCGGGGGUGGAGGGGACUACUCUUACCUGUCAGGGUUGGGACAGCUGCCCCAACUCGUGUCAAACUACCCGAACCUUUUCAUUAUUGGAUUAAGCACUGUGGCAGUGAUUGGCCUGGUCUUAAUCUUGUCCACGUUAUCCUUUGUUCUGUGUAAAUGUACAAACUUUCUAUGGGGAAAAUCCUCCUCUUCAGCCCGUCGACGGGGAGGAGAACGUUCCUCCUCCAGUAAGAAUAUGAAACAUAGUGAAAGUGGCGAAAGUGGUGGGAACGACGUAUUGGGAAAGUUGGACCGGGGCGGGAUACUUAGUUUGAGUGAUGCCUCGACAUUAACGACAUCCGCUACUACGAAGAGUUCUAAUGGUGGGUCGGUAUUUUUAUUAAGUUCCGCCGAUUCCAAUUCCAACCCGGACUUGAUCGAGGGGGCGGUUGCGGGGUCGAAGCGGGGCGAUGGGGAUGGCUUGGACUCUACCAUUUAUAACCAGCAGCAUCAAUACCACCACCCCCACUAUCCCAGUGAGGGAGGAAUUUAUUACACAACACAGAUAAAUAAUCCGCCCAGUAAUAACAGUCCUUCUGCUACGAUAGUACCUAAUUCAAAUCCUUCCUCCCUCCUGCAUACUACUAGUCGGGGUAAUACGACCACUAACUUUGGCACGCUACCCCGCUCUCUUCAAAACCCAAGGUCCUCGCCGUCCUGGCCAAUCAUGGAGUUCAACGGGUUACCCCCACCCCCCGGCCCCGUGUCCUAUGUGGGUCUCCCUUCAUCUAGCUAUGAUCUCUCAAAAUACCCCAAAGAAUACAUCAGCCCAGGGGCUAGCUUUCCCUCGAAUAAUUACGACCCCCAGGAGUACACCGUGUACACGACGACCCUCGAAGGGACCGACCCUUACCAAAUCUAUCAUCAUCCACCACAUCAACAAAUGUAUCUACCCCACGUACACCACCACCCUCACAGCAACAACACCGUCCCUCAAGAAUACGUAGUAAAUCCUGUAACUUGCUCGUGUGGGCCUAUCCUGGAGGGAAACGAGACUGAAGAUGCUAAUGAUCCUGUAGAAACAACGUGUCCCCCAACGACAACAGUAGCCCCCCCAAAAACGAAGACUGCCUCGACCUCCACCCCGUUAAGAACGUCAAGCGAAAGACUGAAUUGUAACGGAUUAUCAUCAUCAUCAUCAACAUCAUCCUCCUCGAAGAGGAACGGACCCGUGGUAACGACCAGCAGCAGGAAUAAUAAAAAUGAGGUUGCCGGGCAAACAUUAACCUCAUCGUUACAGCAACAAAAUCAUGGGCAAAUUAAUGAAAGUCCGGACGAAGGUUAUGAAGAUGGAGGGGCGGAAGGGACAGAGAUCUAGAGAGCGUCUAGAUUGUGCAAUAAUUUUUACACGGAUUUAGAAUCUUUACUACUUUCUCUUUUUUCUUUAUGUGCUCGAAAAAGAGAAAGACAAAAUGUUCCUACGUGACUUGACUGAGGUUCAACUACUGCUGGACAAGUAUGAAAGCGAGAGAGAGAGACGAACCAACAACAAAUACGAACAUUGAGAUGGGAUGAAAAAAAUAGAGAAAAACAGUAGUACCGGAGAGGACGGAGAAAGUAAGCACACAAAUAAUACUUGGAGCAAGAAGCAAACAAAAGCAAUACUUUAUUCUUCUUUUCAUGUUACAAAUCUUAUAAUUCUAUACAGUUAGUUAUGUUAGGGGAAAAAAUAUACGAAAAACGAGUAUAAAACGUGAGCAAAAAUAAGACUUGACACUUUAUCUGGCUGGGUGCAUGGCAGUGCAAAAAAUAAUAGUGUAAAAAAUACACAAAUUUCAUAAAAAAUAACUUUCGCUUAUACAUAAACAUUUAUACGAAAAGGAAGAAAGUAAAAACUACUUACAUAAAUUAUUCAAUCCUAACGAUAAUUACGAUAAGAAAUAAUAAUCGUUAUAUAAUAAUAAUACUAAUAAUAAUAAUAAUACAAUAUGUUUUAAACAAAAAAUGGCGAAACUCUGCCAAGAAAAAGUGAUAACUUUCACUUCACCAAAAGAAGUAUACUACCACUCCCAAACCCCAAUAAAUAAAUAAAAUUACUUUUACCUCGAGAAAUGAAAUGAACAAUCAUUCGACUAAUAAGUAAUUUAAUCCUAGCGUAAGAAAAUAACGAGGAGAAAGUUACGAAAUAGAUAGUUUCUAAAAUACUCGUUAAAUUUUAAGCCCUGUGUUCCCACUCGUUUUAUUUUCUCUUUUUGUAAUCAAGCAAGGAAUGAAAUGAUUACUGGGACGACGGCUUUUCUCAUUAUUUUCGCCUUUCUUCUACUUUCUCUUUACUCUUGUUUGUCGUCAUCAAGUCAUUUCUGCUCUUUUUCUUCUACUUCUUUUCCAGCUUGGUCUUCUUACCCAAGUAAUUACUCCUAUUUACCAUUGCGGUGUUAGCUUUAUGAGAUGGCAGCGUAAUUAUUAUUGUUGUUGUUCGUUCCUUGUUAUUGUAAGUAAUAUCACUCACUGUACUAACUGUUUGUUUUCUGUAAAGAGUUUAGUCCAAGAGAGACGAAAUAAGUAAUGCUUGCUUUCUCUUGGUUUCGUUUUCCUGCGCUAAACAAAUAUUGUACCAGAAACGAGUAGUCAUUGUUAUUAUUAAUAGGUUUGAUUAUAGUGGUUUAGUUUCUUUAUUUAUCGUUGCUGCGGGUAAUGAUAUGGGGAUAAGUGUGUAAUAUAAUUAAUGGUUGUAAUUAUAAUUGUUGUAUUAAUUAUGGAGUUUAAUGAUGGAGUGGAAUAAAGAAGAUGGAGAAAGAUA